UGAACAAUUUGAUUGCCCGGGCCUCCAAUAUUUUUAACGCCCUAUUCAGACGCAGUGGCUCCGUUCCAAACACAGAAAACCGUCGCAAUUAGUUUGCUGAAACCUGGAGAAAUGAUGUGAAAGAGUGUUCCGUUUAGGUAAAAUGGAGAAGAGCUUCACUCUCAUUCAGACUAUAGCCACUGCUGGCGUUUUCUCUGCGAUUUCGUUCUGGUACGGUUUCAUGUUCGGCAGAGAAUCCUCUCGCAAAGAGCUUGGCGAUUUAAUCGAAGAUCUCCGUCGGGGAAAUCCCUCGUCCGACCCUCAUUCUCAUUCUUGAGACAGUAUUGGUCAUCUCUCUUUGCGGGUAUCAACCUGAAGCGAUGUGAACAUGACUUUGAUGAGUUGGCUGGGAAAUCAUUUAAAUACCUGCUCUUUGGCGAGGCGAUUACUGGACCAUGUUCAGCGGCAUAUUUCAUGUACUGGCUAAAACUAUAUUUUGCCACCUAGAUUUCGUCCGAAUUUUGAAAACCUUUGCAAUUGUCAUAUGGGGAUAACUCUAUUUCCCGCGGUCUAUAGAUUCCGCACAAUUCUUAGUUUGUACUUUGUGUGCUUUCAAAAUUCAAUGGACCUCUGCCUUGCCAAUUUUGUAAAUAGUGUUGAUUGUAGGGCUUGGACCUUAACAUUUAACCGUGAGGGUAUGCUAACUCAAUAAUAUGCACACCUCUAUACGAAGAGUUUUAUGUUAA